CCACCGCUGCAGUAAGUCUCCGGUCUCCUCCUCCUCCGCUCGGUGUUGUUCUUCAUCGUCGUCGUCUUCCAUGGAAUCUCCUCCUGAAGGUUACAGAAGAAAUGUCGGUGUCUGCCUCAUGAAUUCUUCCAAAAAGAUUUUCACUGCCUCGAGGUUGGAUAUUCCCAGUGCUUGGCAAAUGCCUCAGGGUGGAAUCGAUGAGGGUGAAGAUCCAAGAGUUGCAGUCAUGAGAGAGCUUAAAGAAGAGACUGGAGUUCACUCUGCUGAGAUUGUCGCUGAGGCACCUCACUGGAUAACGUACGACUUCCCUCCUGAUGUUAGGGAGAAGCUCAAGGUCCGAUGGGGAUCUGAUUGGAAGGGUCAAGCACAGAAAUGGUUUCUUCUGAAAUUUACUGGGAAAGAUGAAGAAAUCAAUCUUCUUGGCGAUGGUUCUGAGAAACCUGAGUUUGGUGAAUGGUCCUGGACUCCUCCUGAUCAAGUCGUUGAACAUGCAGUGGAUUUCAAGAAGCCAGUGUACAAGGAAGUCAUGUCAGCUUUUGCUUCUCAUCUCCAGUAGCAAAAUAAAUCGAAAACUAAACUCAACUGUUUUAAGUUUUUCGUAAGAAACUUGAGAAUAAGCUCUUCUUUGACAUAUUUGCUCUUUUUGGAACAAUCCAUGAAUCAAAAUACAAUUCUUGU